AUGGCUCUGGCCGGCCAACACAAAGGAAAGAAAAAGAAGCCUACAAUAGCCCUUGAGGCAGUCGCGGACUAUGACUUGCGAAUUUGGCAUUACAAAUUCGGUUCUCCUGGUUCUUUGAACGACAUUUUUAUUUUAGAGCAGUCCUCACUCUUUGACAGCACGGUUCGAGGCGAAGCACUGCAAGUCACGAGUACUGUCAAUAUAUCGCGACCGGCUCGUGCUUCGGGUCACUACACUAUCGAGCAAUUGAUUGUCCACACUUCGAAGCUACGGAAUGCACGUGCCCAUGCACGGCACCGCGACGAUUUAAUCGAGCACCUUUGGCAGCUCUUCAAAGAAAUCUUUCAGUGCACGAGCAUUUACGCUACGGUAAUGCUUGUAAUGUCCGACUCGCUAAGAGCAGUACUUGCUGCAUCAGACGAUGCGACUGCCGUGUGUGCUUGGUCGACGGCGCGUUGA